AGCAAAGCAAGUGAGCAAAAAGAAGGGAACCAUAUCGGCACACAGUUUAUGGUGUCCUGUUGAAAAAAAAUACUGUCCACAUCUUCUGUUUAUGGUUGUAUCGCCGUUUCACCCUUUUGAAUGUCAGUAAACCUGUUGACAACACUCAUCGGUCUUCAGAGUGGUGAUAUAAGAAAGGUUCUAACGCCCCUGCAUAAGACAUGCACCCAUAACGGCACAGCCUCUGUUCAGUUUCCUGUAAAUCACGUGGGAAUAAUGUGAGUUAACACCACGGACUGGAGGCCCUCCCCCAGUCCUCCCUUUGCUCUCUGCAGCCUGCUGUACAUGAGCACCGGCAGAAGAACCCAGCACAUGAAGAAGAUUUGACUCUCUGCAAGGAUUGAAGUCUUUGAGCUCAGGGUUGAGACUCCUAGCUUGAACCAUGGGGAACCUCCCUACGAUACAUAAUGAAACCCCCUACACAUUUCACUACUGUAUUAUUGGGAGAGAGGGUGUGCAUACAGUGCAUGGCAACAGCACAGGAGAGUCCCUGCAAGCACCAUUUUGGAUUGCAUUACCAUUUCGGGGUGCAUUACUACCAUUUUGGGGGCUCUCCUUUAGAUAUGGAGAUCACUCAGAAAGUGACCUCACUGGUGCAGGUGAUGGCGCUUCGUACACCAUAAGAGAGAGUAAAGAUCACAAGGAAUUUGAACUGGUCUCCAAGAUGUGGCAUAGAGUUGUUGUUGUUGACCGUUGUCCCAACUUUGGCAGAAUUGAUGAAGAGAAACGGCAACAAGAGGAGCGACGCAGGAAAGAAGAAGACGAGAAAAGGCGUCAGGCAGAGCUUGAGCAACAGAGGAAGAUCCAAGAGCAGAUGGAAAAGGAGAACGAAACAUUGAGAAAAAAGCACAAUGAAGCACACAACAGGCUUCAGGAGGAGGAAGACCUCAAAACCUGGAAGCACCGUCAGCAGCACUCUCAAGUUCUACACCAGCUCUUGGAAGAUAAAGCACAUCACAUAGAGAGAGAUGAGGUCACUGAUGUGAAUGAGAAGUUUGAAAAACUUCUAUCAAAGUAUGACAUCAGAGAGGAUGAACAUUUACAGAUCCAGCUGGAAGACAGGAUGAAGACUCUCCAAAAUAAGCUGACAUUACAAUAUUUUCAUGAGCACCCCCACUUCAUCCCCACUUCGUUACUGUGGGCUUUGGAUCAGACUACUGGAUAUGUGCUGCUGUCUCUGACUGAGAGGUUCAACAUCCUGGAGGCAGUGCUGAAGGUGACCUUAGAGGGUGACCCUGAUGUUGAAGAUCUCCAAAAUGGACAAGACAAGAAGACAGAGUUCCUCCUCAGUUUGCAGGAACAGCUACAUGCUGAAAAUCCAACACUGGCCCAACAGGUGUUAGCAAAUGUUCUGGAUCUGUCCUCAAAACUACCCCGAUCAGGUAAGGAGAUCAUCAGUCAAAUAGUGUUCAAUAAUAUCUGGGCACCAAAAGACAUCAAGCUUUUCCUUGGCAAGACCUUAAGCAUGGAUCAGAAAACAGUCACAAAAAUCCUCCACAAAGCGUGCACGUACGGGCUGAGCUGUGGCGACGCUCUCUCUGCCCUGAAUGAAGACGAUCCUGCAGAGUACAUCCAACAUUGUGUGGACAAAGCUGAGCGAGACAAAGAUGCUUACACACUUUUGGCUGAAAUGGAAAACAAAAACUUUCCAGAGUAUGUCCUGUCACUCCUGCGAGAAGUCCUGACAUAUAUUGAAGAAGAGCUACCCAAAUAUGGACGUGUGCCCAUUAACAGGGAGAUGAUUGAAGACUGUAAAAAGAUAAUAACUGCUCUUGAUUUUAACAGUCCUAAGAUUGAUGAUCUGAAGAAAGUCCUGAUCAUCGUAUCCAGAGCUGUAAAGGAAUGCACCACCUUUACCACUCAGAGCGGUGAACAUGUUCAGGGCUACUUCCCAAGACUCAGUCAGCUGGCAUCACUGCUGCUGCUCCUGCUGCCACAUUCUGGGGAUAAGAAAGGUUGUCUGUUGGAAAUCAGCACUGGAGAGGGCAAAACUUGUAUUUUAGCCAUGUUUGCUACAAUACAGGCCACCCGAGGCAUAAAGGUGGACAUUGUGACAAGCUCUCCUUUGUUAGCAAGUCGUGAUCAGGAUAAGUGGAGAAAAUUAUAUGAUGUGUUUGGUAUUACAUCAUCCACGGUCCCUCCAACACACAUCAAUAGCUGCUCUUUUAAAGAUCAUGACAAGCUGCUUGAGGAUGCAUACAGCCAGCAGGUCGUUUAUGGUACAGUUGGUACGUUUGCAGCAGAUACACUGAGGCAAGAGUUUGAGAAGAAGACUACCCGAGGUCCGAGGAAGUUUGAGUGUGUGGUAGCAGAUGAGGUGGACUACAUGACGUUGGACAGUGGUGUCCAGGUCACGUUCCUGUCACACCAAGCCAGUAGCCUAAGGCACAUGGAGCAAGUCCUGGCAAGCAUCUGGGCCAUGAUGUCGUCCUGCAAGCCAAUAGAAAUGUUUGAAACGGGGGAGAUCAGGUGGGGAACCAGGAUCCAGCACUUCCACAAGGCUGUAAUGCAAGCAGUGGUUGGCUCAGAAUCAGAAGAUGUUUCAGCUGCUGACAUACUUGUUCUUGGUGCCCAGCUGGGGUUUUAUUCACAGGAGGAUGUGGAUGAAGUAAAUAACGCAGAUGGUCAGACACAAACAGAGACUGACAGCUUUAAGGAUGCCAGGUGGAAAGCUACUGAGAAAAUCAUGGCCAACAUUGGACCAAAAGAACAGUGUGAGCUACUGAGACAAGUUCAGACAAAAAUAGAAAACGGUGUAUCUGUAAAUUGUUACUCACUAAUGAACAACAAAGCCAAACUUUACAGCAAGGACAGCUCUCAUGGAGACCUUGAUGUCAGCCUGCUUCUCCUGGAGAAUGGCUGUACCUGUGAAAUCAUGUCCGAGGAAUCCAUCAUCCAAGGAGCUGUGGACAAAUUAAAAUCAACAAUUAAAUAUUCUGAUGAGUGUUCAGUGAAGUCAUUGGAUGAGUGUAAGGGAUUUAUUGUGAUCCCUCUUUUUGAAAACAUACAUUGA